AUGAGCCGCCGAGCCCAGCGCAUAGCAAGGGAAGAAGCCCUAGCCAUUGAGGCACAAAACCGUAGGAAGCAGCGGGCAUUGGACAUGAUGAAUGUACAGUCCCUCGACGACGAGAAAAUGGAUUCUUCAUCUCCCCUGGGCUGCUCGAUGGAAGACUUCAAGCGACCAAAGCUCCGACAGUGUCCUUUUGGGCUACAGGAAAUGCAUUUCGUUCGUCGCCUCGGUGGCGGACUUGAUGGUUACAACUGGAAGAUUCAGGUUCCAAAGGGUGGUCAAACCUAUGUCUUGAAGCUGUUUUGGGACACAGAGCCUUGGUAUCCGCAUUAUUUCGCCGCUCAGAGAGAAUGUCAAAAUGCCGCUCUAUUCCAACAAAUCAAGGCGGCUAUAUUGGACGCGGCUGGCGCUGGAAGUGGAAAGGGGCCGAUUCUGCUCAAUCCAGAACCAGAGUCUAGGAAGGAUGCGAUAGCAAACUUGCUUGCCUUUUCCACUGAGGCUCGCCAGCGGAACAGCAGCAACGCGGCCCCUAACUUGGUAGCGAUUGGCGAGAUGCCUCGCAUGAGGCAGUGUUACGGCUGGCUAAAGUUCACGGGGGACGAUCUGUAUCGUCAUUGGGGUCCUUGGAGUGUGUGCGGACGGAUGAAUCCACCGCCCAUCUGCAUAGAAAAGAUAAAGCGCUCUAUUGAUGAUGAAAAACUCUACACAGCAGUUGUGUAUGAGUUUAUCGAGGAAGCUGAUAACGACCAUGGCGCCAUGCAGCCGGUGUUGGAUUUCCUGUGGCUUGUCGGCUUUAGCUUUGCUGACUCGCCACUGGCUGUGAACUGGAAAGAUGGUGUAUUGAUUGACGGCUCAGAAGUUGCUGGCCCUAGAAGCUAUGGGUGGCACAAGUGGAACUAUGGUAAAAGAACUCCGGAGUCUGUGCUCAUGGAGUAG